AUGGCUGACAUCAAUCCUGAACCUCAAGGCACCCAAAGUCUUCCUCCCCCAUCUCUUCCGCAGCUCGUAGCCGAGCAGCACGUUCCCAUCCCCUCGAGCGACAAGGACUCGCAGCGCCUCAUCGUCGUCCUGUCCAAUGCCAGUCUCGAGACAUACAAGGCCUCGUCGGGUGGCCGCGGUGGUGCCAAGGACGACAAGUACUCGUUGCUCAACAGCGACGAGCACAUUGGUGUCAUGCGCAAGAUGAACCGCGACAUUUCAGACGCUCGUCCCGACAUUACCCACCAGUGCCUCCUUACCCUCCUCGACUCGCCGCUCAACAAGGCUGGCAAGCUUCAAAUUUACAUUCACACAGCAAAGGGUGUCCUGAUCGAAGUCAGCCCUACUGUCCGCAUUCCCCGUACAUUCAAGCGCUUCGCCGGUUUGAUGGUUCAGCUUCUUCACAGACUGUCGAUCCGCUCCACCACAUCGCAAGAAAAGCUCUUGAAGGUCAUCAAGAACCCCAUCACCGACCACCUCCCUCCCAACUGCCGCAAGGUCACUCUCAGUUUCGACUCUUCCGUCGUCCGUGUGAGCGACUACAUUGCCGAUCUCGCUCCCAAGGAGAGCAUCUGCGUUUUUGUCGGUGCCAUGGCCAAGGGUAACGAUACAUUUGCAGACGAGUUCAAGGACGACUCCAUCAGUAUCAGCAACUUCAGUCUGAGUGCCAGUGUCGCUUGCAGUAGAUUCUGCCAUGCCGCCGAGGAAGUCUGGAACGUCAUUUAA